AUGGCUACGGAGGACCCAGCAGUGGCACGGCCCCACAAGAAACAACGCGUUGGGUGCCCACUAUCGAUUGCCGCCACAUCAAAUGGUCGAGCCAAGUUCGCGUUCGGUUCGCGGCUUCCUGAUACUGGGAAGAGCAAAUUAAAGAGACCGAGGACCAGCGGGGGUCGACUGCUGACACGAAUGCGGUGUGAAAAUAGUGUGCGGACGCUACGUGACGCUCGAAAACGAACGAGGUCCGUCUCACGGGACUCGGAUGAGAUGACGACAUGCGGAACAAAGCCUGUCCAUCGCGAUGCGGCAUUGCCUGUGAAGGGCAGUCAGCUGCCAGCUCCGACGAAAGUGUCACAGCUGUUGAGUCGCACGCAUGGGUUAUCGAAACUUAAAGACCGAAGGGACCCUGAUGAGCAGGAGCUAGCUGUAGACUCGGCUAGGAGACCCGCAUUCUGGAUAAAACGGCGGAAAGAAGUAGAAACGGCGAUAAAGGAUCUGGACGCACUCGGAGAGCAGAUUAGGACAAUUACCAGCUUGCUCUAG